AUAGGGAAAACUACAUAGCUAUUGUGCUUUCCCAAGAAACAGCGGAGGGUCGAGUUCUCGUAGGAUUGUGCAGCUUUGCACGUAUCAGAAAUCCAUCCAGAACCCAAAUCAGGGGCCGAGGGAGAUCUCUAGACAAUCGCUGUCGAAGCGAAAAGCACUUAAGCUUGGUGGAUUGACCGGCCGGACCGGGUUAUCACAUAGCAGUUUUAUCAUCAAUAACAACCUCUCCCUCGCAGAGGUUAAAGAUAAAGCCCUCAGGAUAAUGAUUCCUGAUUCUAGUUCUAUACCCGCAGAAGUAAAAGCCCUGGUUUUCGACUGCGAUGGUACUCUUGUGGAUACAAUGCCAAUUCAUUGGAGGGCUUGGUGUAAAAUCUGCAAAGAGACAGGACUCGUUUUCCACAAAACCGACUUCUACACGCUAGCGGGAGUACCCGGAAAGAAGAUUAUCAACAUUCUGGCCAAACAACAGGGAAUCAAACUUGAUCCGUUCGUUAUUUACGACAGAAAAAGGAAGUACUUUCUUGAAGGAUUAACGUCCGUUGCCCCCAUUCCAUGUGUUGUACGAAUCGCUCGAGAAGCUCAAAGAUUGGGAAUCCCAAUCGCUGUUGCUUCGGGAAGUUCGCGCACCCAAGUUCAAAAAGCCCUGAGACUAGCUGGGAUUGACAACCUAUUUGAUGUAGUGCUUGGAAAUGAAGAUUAUAAAGAACACAAACCUAAACCAGAUGCAUUUAUCACAGCAGCCAGUAGACUUGGUGUCAAACCUGAGGAAUGCUGGGGCUUCGAAGACACGGAUAUUGGCCUUGAAGCAUUAAGACAAGCUGGAUACCACAGGAUAACAGAUGUACGGCAAAUGGAAGGAUAUCCAGUCAGGACAGAUGAAAAUGGAUUAGCAAUAACAAAUCACGGCACAGAAUUUCGUACUCAAAGAUAUAGAGCCUUUACAACUUAAAGAGGUUAUUGACAUGCCUCUGGAAAGCGUAAAGUUACCAUGACAUUCAGUGCAACCCUUAAAUGAUGGUAGAUGUGUCACUAAGUUACUUUGUUUCAUACGUUAUUUUUAUUUCAUUCUAACUUUCCUUUUUCUUAUUUUAUAUAUUAAAAGAAAAUUCAAUGGGCCUUUUCAAGAGGAUCUUUGGUGGAAUAAUGUUAUUUAAAAACCACAUCAAUUUAGAAGCUGUAAAAUCUACAUUUAUCUUUAGAGAUGUGAACAAAAGUUUCCAGGGGACAAGAUCUUUGAAGUAAGAAUGUGGAAAUGGAUAUCAUUUUUAGAAACCUUUUAAAAAAUGUUUAGUCUAGCUUUAUCUCAUCAAAUGAAUUUUGCAGAGUUCAGUUAGGGUUUGAAACAUAUAUUAAUUUGAACAUUGUGGAGUGGAGUGAUGUUGGACAAUUCAUGUUUGGUAGAGAGCUUUAGGUAAUAUUUUUCAUUUAUCAACAGUCUGCAUUUGAGGGUUGCACUGAAAUUUUCAAAUCUAUAAACUUUUAUACAUGCAUUGUACAUUAAUUUUAUAAAAUAAGGAUCUGAUCACACUCUUAAGCCUACACAACUUCAAUUUUUUGACAAUGAUCUCAUGGGGAAAAACUUUGAGAACUAGUUAAUGUUACUAUACUCCAAGCUAGGUGUUUUGUGAUUGAAGAUUCUAUUUCUGUUACAGAUGAUUGAGAGUUGAUUUCUUUGUAUGUAAUUCCUGCUUUUACCAAAUCUGCUUUGUAGUUUCGUGAUUGCUGCAAUUUUGUUACAUAAUUUUUAGUAGGUUUUUGAUUAUCAAUCAACUGAAGUUCAGUUGACUAUUACAUCCUAAGAUUAGCAGACCCAUGAAUAUCACUGAGAAUGAUUUGAAAAUAACGGUUACUAAUUACAUAGGGAACAAAGUGAUUAUACACUGAAAUUAUUAACAGCAAAAGUAUUUAGUUUAGAUGAUGUUUAAACCAGAAAGGUUGCAAAUAUGCCAUGUCUUUAAAUUUUGUUGUAAAAAGUUAUCAUGAUGUAUUUAUUUAAAUUUUAGUUUCCCAAGUUUUAUUGGGAAUCAUCAGAAGGUAUUAAUGAUUUAAAUAUGGGAAGGAUAGGCAGAAAAAUUACAUUCACUGGAGAACAAAACAUGUUGGAGUUAGUGAUUAUAAGCAGAGUAUGAUUCUUUAUAAAUUAUAUGUAGUAAAACUGUGUUUUAUUACUGUUAGAACUAUCCUUCUCUGAUAUCUUGAUCAGAUGUGGAAACUUGUUUAGAGGGAAAGGAAAAUGAACUGGGAAAUGAUUGAAUGAUGAUAUUGAUCAAUGCUUCAUUGUAAAGAAACCACAAAGAAUAUCAAGAGCACCAACAUUGAAAGAUUCUGAAAUUGUUUUCACAAAACAAAUAAGUUGAAAUUUUGCAACAACGUUAUUAUCCAUACUUGUUGGUGACCACAUAAAAUUAUAGGCAGAUACAGACACAUUCUAAUGUUGAAGAAUGUGCCCAGUUACUUUGAAGGAACUGACCAUGCAGUAAUUUCGUACAUUAUCAAAUUGAUAAAUUUCUUAAGCUUGCAGGUGACAAGAUUGAAGAAAUUGUUAGAUUUAAUUCCAAAUUACCACAGCUAGAAUGUGAUAAAAAGUUAAGCUAGCUGACAAUAAAGGGAUUUGACAUUAAGAUUAAGCUGCUACAUCAAGGGAAAAUAGUAUAAUUAAAAAGAAAAUAAAUAGAUGAAUAUUUA